UCGCACGAGUGUUGGUAGUGGUACCCGACUUUUACGAUAGAUAGCAUUUUUGUGUGUUAAAAACCUUAAAACAUCCAUUAAAAAAAAACCUUAAAACAUCAAAAUACUCUCCUACAGUAGGAAAGCAGGAAUGGCGUAUACCUUUCCCAAAGCUUCUCUCUCCUGGGUUUCUACGUUUCGCACGAGCUAUCUGUACCCUCUCCUUCCCAUUGCUCUUUCUUCCCAAAUUCGUUCGCUCCCUCCAAUGCGUGCUUUCAAUCUCUCUGCAUCUCUCUCUACUACUCCCCAAGACAAAUCGUCCCCUCCUACACUUCCAUCUCAGAAAGGAAGCAGCAGUCGUUGGAAGCCCAUGUGUUUGUACUACACGCAAGGCAAGUGCACUAAGAUGGAUGAUGCUAUCCACCUUGAGAAGUUCAAUCAUGAUUGCUCUAGGGACCUUGAAGUGAAUAUUUCUAAGUUGAAAUGUAUACCCUCCCAGAACUUAGACUUUUUUCUGGUGCUUGAUUUGGAGGGCAGAGUUGAGAUUCUUGAGUUUCCAGUUCUGAUGAUAAAUGCAAAAACCAUGGAGGUCAGGGACUUUUUCCACAGGUUUGUAAGGCCCUCAGAAAUGAGUGAGCAAAGGAUAAAUGAAUAUAUUGAAGGAAAGUAUGGCAAGUUUGGAGUUGACCGUGUCUGGCAUGAUACAGCUAUACCAUUUAAAGAAGUACUUCAUCAAUUUGAAGUUUGGUUGGCUCAGCAUCGCUUGUGGGAAAAGCAGUUGGGUGGCAGUCUUAAUCGGGCAGCAUUUCUAACUUGUGGAAAUUGGGAUUUGAAAACAAAGGUCCCCCAGCAAUGCAAAGUCUCGAAGAUGAAGGUUCCCCCAUAUUUUAUGGAGUGGAUCAAUCUCAAAGAUGUCUAUUUAAAUUUCUAUAAAAGGAGGGCCACAGGAAUGAUGACCAUGAUGAAGGAACUUCGAAUACCAUUGGUGGGAAGUCAUCAUCUUGGAAUUGAUGACACAAAGAACAUAGCGAGAGUGUUGCUACAUAUGCUUGCUGAUGGUGCAGUCAUGCAGAUCACCGCUAAGAGGAGUUCCACUUCUCCUGAAAAUGUUGAAUUCCUAUUCAAGAAUCGGAUAAGAUAGCUGCUUCCAGCUAGAUUUGUCAUUUGUCACUUAACUGCAUGUAUUCAUGCAUGUAUUCAGGAAAAAAUUAAAAAAAUGAACGAAUUUAUUCCA